UUUUUUUGCGCGCACCCGUUAGUCUUGAACAUAUGUUCGCGGUGUAAAUACGUACAUGGGCCGGUGGGAUUUUUGAUUAGUUCUAAUGUGCGAUAAUAGCGCAUCAAAAAAUUGUAUUUUUGUCGAUCGGAUUACGGUAAUCAGCAGAAAGGGAAUGAUAAGAUAAGUGAAGUUUUUUUUCGAUGUUUUUCUCGCUGAUUUAAUUUUGCCUGCAUUCGUUCGUUCUUUGCUAAUCAAAAAUUCAGUUUCGGUAACAAAUUGAACGUGUGAAAGUGCUUUGUACUUGUUUUCGCUUUCAGAAAAUAAGAAAAAAAACAAGCAAACUUUGAAUUUAUUCAAAUAGGAAGUAGAAGAGAUUAAUUAAAUUUUUUGUGUGUAAAAAUUUGUUACAAUUCGUUUCGUCAAUUUUCCUUUUGUUCAGAAAUGCCUAUCAAAACUCAAACUCCAAGCCAAGCACAAAUUGAUGAGCUGCGCAAUCUUUUCUUAAAGAAAUUAGAAAAUGAUCCGCCAGCAGUACCAUUUCAUCCAGUUGACUUAGAUCGUGUCAAGAAUGCUGAUCUCUGGUGUACACGUUUCUUAGAAAUGUAUGAUUUGGAUAUGCCAACUGCAUUUGAUAAACUUUGGACCACCUGUAUUUGGCGUCAAUCAUAUGGUGCAAAUGAUCUCAGUGAAAAAAAUUUACGCGCUGAGUAUCUAAAUGAUGGUGUUAUAUUCUCCAGAAAUAAAGAUAUCGAUGGCAAGCCCUUACUUAUAUUCAAAACAAAAUUGCAUGUUAAGGGUUCAAAGGACAUGGAGGAAGUAAAUCGAGUUGUUGUUUAUUGGAUUGAACGCAUUCAUCGUGAAACGAAUAUGGAAAAAAUUACAGCUGUUUUUGAUAUGGCAGGCACAGGAUUAGGAAACAUGGAUUUAGAUUUUGUUAAACGAAUUAUUGAUACAUUUAAGCAAUAUUAUCCAAAUACUUUAAAUUACAUAUUAAUUUUUGAAAUGGCUUGGGUGUUGAAUGCUGCUUUUAAACUAAUUAAAGGCCUUCUACCAGCAAAAGCAUUGGAAAUUUUGAAAAUGGUUUCGAAAAAAGAUAUAAACACUUACAUUGACAAAAAUAAUUGUCUGACCAGUUGGGGUGGCACUGAUGAUUACGAAUUUAGUUUCGUGCCAGAAAAGAUUGCAAACAAACCAAUUGUGCCAACAACACUAUUAACACCACCACCAACACCUAUUCCAACAGCUGGUAGGGAGGCUAAUGGCAAUGUACCUGCAUAUGGUAUUCAACUAAACCAGGAUAAGAAGGUGCAUUUUGCUAAUAGCAGCCCUACCAGAGUGCCACAAAUGUUAGAUUUUAGGGACCAACACACACCUCAGGAACACGAUUUACUACGUGUUUCUCCAACUGAUACACUUGCAUUCUCCACAACUAAUGGCAAUGAAAGUGUAUUGGACCUUACAAGUUUAACCAAUGUUCCGAUCACAUAUAAGAUUCAAACAACAUCUCCAGAGAAGUUUCGUGUACGACCACGAUGUGGUGUUUUGAAUCAAGGUGAAUCGGUCACUGUUAAUAUCUUAUUAAAACCAGAUCAGACACUAGCCGAUGGUGGUUUGAAAAAAGAAAAAGAUAAAUUUCUUGUUAUGGUACAUCCAGUGCCUUCAAACAUCGAUCAAUCGGAACCAAUGACAACAUUUUGGAAGCAAGUGCCUCCUAACAGUCCAAACAUAGAGGAGCAUCGUUUAACUUGUGUAUACAAAGGUUCAACAGAUAUCGCACAAUAUGCUAAUAAUGAAAAGUCAAAAUCGAACGUUGAUCAAAUCGGCAAAGAUAUUGUUAAUAUUAGUGAUCUAUCAGCACAUGCCAAGAAGAUGGAGAAGCAACUUAAAUACACACAAAUCUUACAAUGCAUCACGUUGCUAUUCAUACUCUUCCUUGCCACAGUUGUGGUGUAUUUAAUGAAGAUGCAAUUACAAUUUAAUCCACAGGCACACAUAGAUGCGGCACUAAAAGCUGAGAUGAAUAAGUUUACGUGUUUGCCUGGCCAAACAUUAUAAUAUCUAAUGUCGAAGU